CGAGUUAAAAACGUGAAGCAGGAAGAGAGUCACGUGGGAGUAGCGGCGUUUCUCUUCCCGGCUGCUUCUGCCCCGCCCCUGGCUGCUGGCGCUUCUCUGAUUGGCCGAUCUUGGCCGUCUCUCGCUUUCCAUUGGCCGAAGGGAGGAAGUAGGCGGGGAUUAGCCGCCCCUUGCCCCGCCCCCCUCAGUCGCCAUUUCGUUGCUGGAGCGGCCGGAGCUGGGGCUCGCGGGAGAAUAUAACCAACUACAAUGGGGAACGUCUUUGAAAAACUGUUUAAAAACCUCUUUGGGAAGAAAGAGAUGCGAAUUCUCAUGGUAGGUCUGGAUGCAGCAGGAAAAACCACCAUCCUUUACAAACUUAAGCUGGGGGAAAUUGUGACCACCAUCCCAACAAUAGGUUUCAAUGUGGAGACUGUAGAAUACAAAAACAUAAGCUUCACAGUCUGGGAUGUGGGUGGCCAGGACAAAAUCAGACCCCUCUGGCGGCACUAUUUCCAGAACACACAAGGCUUAAUCUUUGUAGUGGACAGCAAUGAUAGGGAGCGAGUGAAUGAAGCAAGAGAAGAGCUCACCAGAAUGUUGGCAGAAGAUGAGCUCCGGGAUGCCGUUUUACUAGUGUUUGUAAACAAACAGGACCUUCCCAAUGCUAUGAAUGCUGCAGAGAUCACGGACAAACUUGGCUUGCAUUCCCUUCGUCAGAGGAGCUGGUACAUCCAAGCAACAUGUGCCACCAGCGGCGAUGGGCUUUACGAGGGAUUGGACUGGCUCUCCAACCAGCUCAAAAAUCAGAAGUGAUCAAUUCCCCGAGCAUCUCAUCAGAACCAGCCAGCCUCUGCUGUGUGUGUGCGUGUGUGUAUGUCUGUCAGAGGGGAAGAGAGAGAGAGAGAUCACACAGGUGUGUGCGUCUGGGAGUGGGAGCAGCUUUCUCACACUGUGCCUUAAACAUGCUGUAAAAUAAAACCAAUAGUAUUAUAUUUUAAACACUACCUUCCAUAGCUCUGAACAUAGCAUUUUUACACCAGCAAGCGGAACUUAGGGGAUUCUAUGGGACAUGAUUGGAAAAAGGAGCCUCGGCACUUGAAGGACAAGAAAACCUGGCAUGUAAAACGAGUUAUCAUUGCAGUUGUCUUGUGCGAGUUUUGUGUUUCCCAUUAUCAGUGCAGUCUGUCGUGUACAGUUUGAUCUCCUUCCUUCAUCAUUUUUCAGUAGAAACAUAAUUUUACUCUCUGAAUGUUGCCAUGAGACUAUAUACCAGCAUGUUACUCAGUAUUUCAAACCCCUGACCCAGGAUCCUUGUGUAGAGCAAGAUGUCUCUUCUGGUUCAGUUGAACAGUAGCAUAGACAGUGUGUUCUGUGGUGGGAACUGUGUAAUUUACUCUGCUGUGUGUAACAUACCUCAUUGUAAAGUAAUUUGUUUGGGGGGUUGUUGCUUCUUUGGAUCAAGGUUUCCCCAGCUCCAGUCAUAGAUUAGCCCCUCCAGCUAAUUCCUUGCUCAUGGGAUGGCAAAAGCUCAGUUGGGGAGUGAGACUUCAGAGAGGGGAUCAGAUGUCUGGACAGGCCAAGUGACGUAUUUCACAAAAGACCUUAGUUACUGGUAUCACAUUAGCAUCUCCAUCAGCAGGCUGGAAAUGAGGCUUCCGAGAUCACUGCUCCCACUCCUGCUUUGUACAAAACAUCCUACGCUCACUGGGAAGAGAUAGCGAUGUCUUGUACGGUUACCUAUUCUAACUAACAAGUAGGGUUCCUGCAAUGGAGAUAAACCUGAUCAGUCUGUGAACAUCAGUAAUUUGGUGUCAAGGGGGAGAAAGGAAUCUAAUGAUAAAGGGGAUUUGGAGCAGCCUGGGCUAGUGCUGUGUAAGCAAUUCUUGUGUCCGAAAAAUCCAUUCCAGUUUCAGCAAAACGUGUGAUUUGGCAAACACUGCUCUGUAUGGGACAGUCCUUCUGUCCGUUGUCAUUUGAGGGGUCAAACAUGCUCUUACCACACUUGUGUUUGCAUUUCCCACCUGAAGUCUCCACUAUCCCCUCAUCCCUUUUGGUCACAGUGUGGAAGAAAAGGCUGGUGCCCCUCUUCUACCAUUGACAGUAAUGCUUUGCACAGGCUCAGUGAACAGAAUGUCCGGUUACUCUUUUGCCUCUUAAAAAAAAAAAUUUUUUUUAAACCCUCUAGCUCUUGGAAGGGGAGAAUGUCAGUCUUUUAACCAUUUGAAAUCUACUGAGACUAUUGAGAAAAUGAAGCAGAAAUGUUUUUAAUAGAAAAGUUUCAUAUAUUCAUGUUCAGAAGUGUAUGUCUAUAAAAAUACACUGUGGGGAGGGAAGUGAAGUGUAAAUCAGAUACAAGCCAAAUGUGGAUUUGGUUUUUGAACCAUGUUGUAACUUCUCUGAGAAGUGCACUGUAAUAAAGAGAAUCUGUCUUGGAA